AUGAUACAGCUGUUUAACAGUGCAGCUGCGAAGAAAAUCACAUCCGGAAUGUCUGAUAUUAUGGAGCCACUACAUGUAACCAGACAAAAAAAUGUCAGAAGAGACCCCAGAAGCGCCUGUAUGGGACGGCACGGCGGUACUCGACCCACUUCUCCCCAAAGGUUUCCCGCAUCUGAGCGUCUUCCACACUAGCUCUCUUCCAUAAUGAUACGACCGAGAACACCGACAGAAACAAUUACGUCCUAACCAUCCCUCCUCCCCCCGCAGUCUGCAUGAUGCCGCAUGCACGAUUC